UCGUAAUCUUUCCUUUCCUUUCUCUUAAUUCGACACUCUCAUCUAUACAAAUGUACUAAUUUCAUAUCAACUCGGAUUCCUAUAUCCAUUCUAUUCAUCAUUCUAUAGUACCUCUACAACGCGCUCCAACAUGGUAACCCCACGUUCUAGCCAAUCGAGAGAUGAUGGAGAUGAUGGCGAUGAUGCGCGUGGCGUAUCUCGACAUUCACUGCCGCAAGUUUAUCUUACAUUAGAGAAAGCCAAAAGAUUUUCUCGGCCGGUAGCCCAGAAUAUUCUCAACAACUAGAAGACGUUGAAUACGAUCCUUCUGUAUCACGAAGAUACAAUCCGGAAUCGCUGGAUCCAGAAAUCGAAACUCAAACGAAAGAAACUCUUGCUUGGCGUCUGGCCCAAUAUGCCACCAUCGCAUCGCCCUGAUCUUGCCGUUUAUAGGAAACUUAUUCCAAUUGAAGAAUGGAGCUUAAGGCCGUUAAUGUGGCCCUAUAUAAACCUCGAGGAUCUAUCCAGGACAGAGCCGCUUUUACUGAUGCUCAAUUCUCGAGGAAGGUAUUCACCUAGCGACUUUAUCAACCUUGAUCUUGACUCGGUAUUUUUGGGUUACUACACUCCAUAUUACAAUAAAGUAGAGCUUUCGGGUUACUCCAUGUUGUUUAGAGAACCUCCUUCGUUAGAUACAUACGGCCAGUUCCAUUUUGACAUCGACGACGAUGUUAGAUUCAACGAUGGCUCGGAUCGGGAGGUUUUUACUCCAGAUAACGGCUUCCGAAUCUUGGCGGCCCAAGACCGUUUGUAUCAUUUUCUUAUCAGGUGUUGUGAAGCAAUUCUCCACGAUAUUCCAACUGAAGAUUUGACGCAGGCCGACCAGCCCAUUGUUCGCUUACCUGCGGUAGUUAUACCAAAGAGUAAUUCGCCAAGGCUUCGUUCCUUUGCUAUCGACUCGUUUGAGGAAUUGUAUAAACGCCCCUGCCGUACCGAAUUCAGUCGUAUAGAAUCUAUUGUUAGGGCCAUGCUAUCUGCUGCCGAAGAUCACCUCAUGUCUAUGAGGGAGGAUCCUGAUUAUUUUAGGAUGGUUCUAAAUCAAAGGGAAGAAACUUGCCCUGGACACUUGCUCGAUAUCAAUAGUCGGGGGCACUCUUUUUAUCUCCAGAAUAAAGAUUACUUUCGGGAAAAAAGAAUUCGCGAAGUUUUCUCUGAUGCCUUCCUAAUCUUCGAUGUCUUGGCGGUUGCAUAUGAUUUGUUCAGUUACCUACACUCCCUCUUCGAGGAGUGGAAAGAAGAUCCUUCUCAAACAGCAUCUUUGCCGCUAUCCUUAUACAAGGUGUUGUAUGGACUUUAUCACAGCCUAGCCGUUGUCUGCGAAAAAGUCCUGGACCGCUUGCGAUUAUCGGAAAGUAUUUAUAGCUCGCCUGCGUUAAGAGAAUAUUUCUAUUGCGAGGUCACAGACUCGAAAGACCCGAAAGGUUACGGUUCCUAUCAAGUUGGACGCCGACCUUUGGUCAAUAUGCCCAAAAUUUGCACCGAAGCCGUGUACUUCCUUGAAGUCAUAGCCGGCCUAGAGAAACGACUCCCAAUCGGCUUGGAAGGAAUUUUCAUUGAGUUAGAACUACUAACCCAGCGCCAUUGUACGGCGAAGCCUCUCGUGAGUAGCUGGUUGGGUGCUCAAAUUUCGGUCCUGGGUGUUUUACACGAAUGCCGAUACGUACUUGAGCAAUACCAGCACCAGUUCCAGAGCUUCUCGCAAUACUGCAGAAGAUAUCCAGGCGAGGUUGAAAACUUUUACCAGAGUAAAUUUGAGGCUGUGUUCAGGGUGUAUAAUAUACCUGAUUCGUUCUGGUGCGAUACAGCCGGAACGAUGCGAGACAUUCUCACAGGAGAAUCAAAAUAUCCAAUACGCGAACCUCGCAGUAGGGAGGUAGUUAAGAAACUACGCGAAACAGAAGCAAGCUUCGAUCACUUCUGGAUCAAAGCCCUCGACCAGUUGCAGAGAGCACGUGUACUAGAGGUGUGCGCAACUUCAGUAUUUUCUCGCAGACUACGGAGGACUGAGCCGUGGGAGGAGCCACAGAUAGAGCAGACUAAGUCGAAAAAGAAGAUAGUGGGUAAGAAUACUAAUCAGCUAUCUGACGAAUUUAUUCGCCAAGAAAUUUCAGAAGCUGGGAAGCUUGCAAACACGGCAAAAGAGAGCGUAAAUUCGAAGAUGAAUGGUUCUACAGCAGAGCACAGAAUAUAUCCAUUUAAAGUCGAUAGCCGAACUUUUGAGGUGUUUAGUACCUUAUUAUUCGAUGGACCCGAUCCUUCCAAUCUAGGAGAGGUUUCCUGGGAUGACUUUGUUCAUGCUAUGUUAGCUAUGGAUUUUACGGCGGAGAAGCUAUUCGGAUCAGCCUGGCAAUUCAAACCCACAAUAGGCCUGGACAGUGAUCUCAGCUCUAUUAUAUUCCACGAACCGUACAUGGGCGGCAAACUGGAGUAUGCGAUGAUAAAACAUUAUGGUCGGCGUAUCACCAGGACUUUGAAGUGGGAAAGCCAUAUGUUCAUACGGGUUUGAUAGUUCGGGAGACAAACAUCAGAGUUGAAUAUCGAAAUUGGUGGUAUACUAGUCAUACAGGAGACUAGCCUCACGCUUGCCCUGAUAGGAUUGUGUAAAAGUAGCAAUGUGUUUUGAGCCAAGCGUCCAGCGUAUUUUACACGGAGGGUAUGCAUUCUCUCAUAGUGUCAGCGU